AUGGCCAUGGCAGCUCUGCUCGAAGUUUGCAGCUGUUGCUUUUUUCGCCAGAAGGAAGUUGAGAACUGCGGAGACGGUGCAGACCUGGCGGGGUCGGAGAGCGGCACAGGAGCAAAGGUCGGAGGAGACUGCGCAGUCGGCUCGGACGUCUGCUACGAUGUGGAGAACUGCCGCCUCGAGGACUUGGCAGAAAGUCCACAUGAUCCAGCGAGGUGGAGACAGGAUUUUGAAAGCGCCGGCGACGGCAAGAAGAAUCCCAACAUGUUCCGCAUCCGUGCGCUGCGGCAACUGAUUUGGCUGCAGACUGAGAAGGAAUUGAACAGGCUGGAGAAAGAGGAGCCGCAAAAGCUGGGACAAGUGGACACGAUUCCCUUUGAGGUGGGAGACUGCUUGCAGGCCGACGGCCAGGGCCAGGAGGACCCACGAAUCACCAAGGUAGAAAUCAUGGAGUGCGACAUGCUUGAAAAAGCUGGAGACUUUGCCAAGCAGGGCUGCGCUGUGGCAGUGCUAAACAUGGCCUCGGCGUCCUCUCCCGGAGGAGGCUUCCGCUUUGGUGCUGGUGCACAGGAGGAGAACAUGUAUCGCCGAAGUGACCUGUACCGCUUCCUGGAGCCAUGCAAGGGAAGCUUGUACCCGAUAAAACCAGAUGCAUGCUUGUUGUCCACCAACGUCACCAUCCUCCGUGGCUCUGAAAAGGAAGGGUAUCCAUUUCUGGUUCCAUCCUUUGAAGCCGCGAUCAUCACGUGCGCUGCACUGCGCUACCCUGCGCUGACCACGGAUCGCAAGUAUAAGUACGCGGCGGAUGAGGAGUCCAUGCGGCAGAAGGUGCGCGUCAUCCUGAAGGGUGCCGAGAAAGCCGGCUGCGACGCCUGUGUCCUCUCAGCCUUCGGCUGUGGUGCCUUUGGAAACCCACCAGAGGAGGUCGCUCGUUUGUUCCACGAGGAGAUCGCAACGGUGAAGCUGCAAAAGGUGUGUUUUUGCAUCUUCAACGAUCACAAUGCUGGCCGAGCGCAUAACCCUAAAGGCAAUUAUUUCCCCUUCAAGCAAGCUUUUGGAGAUGACGUGGGCAAUGCGAGCGUGGCAACAGGAGAUAUAGGACGGCUGCAAUUUCUGCUGAGCAAUGUGGAAAUGGUGCUCUCACUGACUGUGCUCGGGGAGAGCUUGUGUGGGCACCCACCGAUGGAUGGAAGCGGGGUCGCGUUCUACGGCGGGCCCCUGGUGAGGUACAAGUACAGUGGAUGGAGGCGUCUUGGAGUGGAGGUCUUGCGUCAGCUCCCUGAAGUCACUGAUGUCCUCCCCUUGGUUGCCCCUUACACUGUCAGAAAACAGGGGCACCAGGAUGUGAGCACCGUUUGCUGGGAGCAACACGACAUUGCCACCCACGGAGCUCAGGCCACGAAGAUGUUCUGUUGUCGCAUUAGCCAGUUUCCAGUACCCUUCCUGGUCAAGACUUACAAUCACAAAGAGGGUUCGACGGAGGAGGCGCUGGAGAUCGCUGCUGCCUCCGUUUGGGAACACGUGGUGCGGGCAAAUGCCGAUCUCCGCUGGGACGUGUUCGCGCAUACGUGGGACGAGGAUCUGGCAAGAGCGAUCCAUGAAGCCUACAUGCCGGUGGCCUUGAAAGCCGAUCCGCAGCCAGAGCAUCUACCCACAGUAGGAAGCUUCGGCGAAACCUUUCGGCGCAGUGUGCAGCUGAAGCGCAUCAAGGAGGAGGAAGAGGGAUUUCGCUACGACCUUGUCGUUCUCAUGCGGUAUGAUGUCCUAUUCAGGUCUCCUUUGCGUGUGAGCCCUGCAGUUGGCUCAUCGGCCCUCUGGACUGGGUACUGGUGCUCCAUCCAUGCGGAAGACCUCGCCGCGCGCGAGGUUGUCUUGACCCAUGACCGCAACAUCAGCGAUGUCCGCUACAAAACAUCUGGCGUUUAUGCGCCAUCACAGUUUGCAACGGUAGGACUUCAUGACUUUUGGUUCGCGGCCUCCUCGCGGACCAUGGAUAGCUUCGCUUCCUGGGGCUCCGCAGUGCCCGCACUGCGCGCGCGCUUCGGCCUGGUGUCUGCUGACCUACCUGUGGAUGUGGGGCAUUUCUAUACCUUCUUGCAUGCAAAGUCUUUGGGGCUCCCGUUGGCGUUCACAGGCAUCAGCUAUAUCGACUACACGCUUGUGCGUUACCGCGACUGCAAGCUUCUGGUCGGAGAGCAGAUCCAGGACCCUGACCAAUACUGCAGCCAUUGGGAGAUCAGUGUAACAAGGCAGUGCUCGUCCUGGCUGCCGCAGCCGCGGGGUUGGGCCGCGCAGUACUGCCCGUUGGCCGGGAAGCGCGCGGAACUCGCGCCUUUUGGCAGCAGAUGCGGCCGCUUCUGA